UCUGUUGGCUUUAGGCGAAUAUCAAAGAGGUGGAUGUUUUGAUCCCUGCCAAACUGCACAACUCUCUGAUUGGUGCUAAGGGGCGUCUGGUCCGAUCACUCAUGGAGGAAUGUGGAGGGGUGCACAUCCAUUUCCCUUCUGAAGGCUCAGGCAGCGACAAAGUCACCAUCAGGGGUCCUGUCGAGGAAGUGGAGAAAGCAAGGAAACAGUUGCUUCAGCUGGCUGAGGAGAAGCAAAUCAACAACUGCACUGUAGAGCUACACGCCAAACCGGAAUACCACAAAUUUCUCAUCGGGAGGGGUGGCGGUAACAUCCGCAGGGUGCGAGACCGCACGGGAGCCCGCAUCAUCUUCCCCGCAGCAGACGAUAGGGACCAAGAGCUCAUCACCAUCGUCGGAAAAGAAGAAGCAAUAAAGCAGGCACAUAAAGAAUUGGAGAUUCUUAUUAAGAACCUGGACAAUGUGAUUGAAGACUUGAUGAUCGUGGACCCCAAAUAUCACCGGCACUUUGUGGCGCGCAGGGGACAAGUGCUACGCGAGAUCGCAGAGGAGUACGGAGGUGUGACAGUCAGCUUCCCGCGCACAGGGGUCCAGAGUGACCGGGUGGUGCUGAAAGGGGCGAAGGACUGUGUGGAGGCAGCUAAACGGAGAAUCCAGGAAAUCAUCGGAGACCUGGAAGCCCAGGUGACCCUGGAGUGCGUGAUCCCUCAGCGGUUUCAUCGAGCGGUCAUGGGACUAAAGGGUUCCAAGGUGCAGCAGAUCACCAGGGACUAUGACGUGCAGAUCAAAUUUCCUGAGCGGGAUGAGAGUCAAGGUCUGGAUCUACACCCUCAGGAAAAUGGCGACUUGAACUCUGACCUCAGGGAGACGGAGCAUGUUCCCAGGAAGUGCGAUGUUAUCGUCAUCUCGGGCCGGAAGGAGAAGUGUGAGGGGGCUCGCGAGGCGCUGCUGGCCCUUGUUCCAGUUACCGUCGAUGUGGAGGUUCCAUUUGACCUACAUCGAUACAUCAUCGGGCAAAAAGGUAGUGGCAUUCGCAAAAUGAUGGAGGAGUAUGAGGUAAGGAUGGGGCAGUCAGACCGAAUGGCCUGUCUUGUGCAGUAGAUUCUGGUGUCACCAUGCGUGAUCGGGCUGCCUCCUAGCAAUGAGCCAUUGUGCCUGUAAUUAUCUCAGAACUUCACACCCUGCAGUAUCCUUCACAGAGCUCUUCAAAUAUUGGCCAAGCAUUGAAUAUAGGAGUCGGCAAGUUAUGUUAGGGCUGUAUAAAACUUUAUUUAGGCCGCAUUUGGGAUAUUACGUGCAGUUCUGGUUGCCAUGCUACCAAAAGGAGGUGAAGUCUGCAGAGAAGGUUUACCAGGAUUGUGCCUGGUCUGGAGGAUUUCAGUUAUGAGGAGAGGUUGGAUAAACUCGGAUUGUUUUCACGGGAAAGGCGGAGGUUGAGGGGUGACCUGAUAGAGGUUUACGAAAUUACCAGAGGUAGACAUGAUUUGGACUGGGGUG